CUAUGAGUCCCGCCGGUGAAGAAAACGGUGACCGUUACGGCGAGGCAGACAGAGGCGGUGUUGUGGAAAAGUAUACGAAAGAAGGGUGCGAAGAGGCUUUUGGGAUUCUUGUGGAGAAGGAAGGCAGAUACAUGCCUCAACCGGGCUACGCAAAUUACCUCAAACUCAACCGCUUCAUUCAUAACGCUAGGUCUAAAGCUGUUCACUGGCUCAUUAGGUCUCGAAGAAGAUUGAAUCUGUCAUUUGAGAGUGUGUUUGAUGCGGUCAACUAUCUGGACAGAUUCAUCUCGUUGAAGAAAUGCCAGGAAUGGAAAUGUUGGAUGUUUGACCUACUCGCAGUUGCAUGCUUAUCAGUUGCCACCAAAUUCAAUGAAACAGACCCUCCUCCCUUGCAUGAAAUACAGAUGGAGGGCUAUGAGAAUUUGUUGGAAUCGGAUCUUAUCCAACGGAUGGAAUUGACGGUGCUACAGGCUUUAGGAUGGCGACUGUCUUCUACAACCCCAUACUCUUACCUGCAUCUCCUCACUGCUUCUUUCCACUUUCAACAAACCCUAUCGGAGCCGGAGAAGGAGGAACUCCGCUCACAUAUUACCGACAUGCUCCUCGGAGCUCUUUUAGACCCGAAAUUGGUAGAGUUUCGACCUUGUGUUCUUGCUGAAACCGCACUGAAAUGCAGUCUUGAAGAGUUUCUCCCACUGGAAACGAACAGUUCUAGUUGUUUCAACCAUUUUACUGCUCUUAUUCCUCAAGAUCACAAGAAUGAUCUGGAAAAGUGCGAAAUAAUGAUGGACAAAGGACUGAUUCAAAACGUUAGGACUUGUGGGAGACUUUAUUGCCCAUCAAGCCCAGUAACUGUUUUGACAACCAAGCACAACCACUCGCACUCGCACUCGCACUCUGAUUGCUCCCUCCUCAUCAAUAUGCAACAGACACUCAACAUUAACCUUGGAUCAUCAUCCAUUAAGAAAAGGAAGAGACACCCAGAAGACUCCGAUCCGAUGCCAAUUCCUUUAAUUUAAUUUGAAUUA